AUGGAGGAGGACAAAAAGAUGAGUGUCACUAGAUCUCGGUCAUUUAACCUUUUGGCUGUCAUCUUGCUCCUGUUUUCCUCUGCAGCUCUCUCGGCUCAUUUUCGCGUGUGCGAGCCCUACACUGACCACAAGGGCCGGUAUCAUUUUGGAUUCCACUGUCCUCGUCUGUCAGACAACAAGACCUACAUGUUCUGCUGUCACCACAACAACACUGCCUUCAAGUACUGCUGCAAUGACACGGAGUUUCAAACCAUCAUGCAGGUCAACCUCACCACCACCCUGGAUGGGUUUUCACACAAUAACUAUACAGCGCUGGUUGGAGUGUGGAUCUAUGGCUUUUUCAUCAUGGUGCUGCUGGCACUGGACUUCCUCUACUACUCAGCCAUAAACUACGAAGUAUUCAGAGUGUACCUGGAGAAGUGGGGGCUUGGGGGGCGCUGGCUGAAGCAAGCUCGCAGUCAAUGCCAAAGGCCUGAGCAGGAGGAGAGUCAGGGGCAGCUUUCUCAUCCUGGAGCUCCAGCAGGAUUAUCACACUACCAACAACAACACUAUCAUUCCCAGCCCAGACACAGCCUGAAGCCUGAGGCCCAGAGUCCGACACACACUGCACACAACACAUCAAUUGCCUGGUGA